AUGUUAACACAAGAAGCAGUUAGUAAGUAUUUUCCUACUCCUGAAGUAGGUGUGGUUCCUGAGACUAUUAAAGAUCAUGAUGUAGUUCCACCAGAUAAUACAAGUACUGCUGAUGAACCCAAGGCACCAGCUAAUGCACAAUCUGAUAUCACAUCUAGUCCUUCUGAUGGAGCAGUUGCUAGUAAUUCAUCUUCACAACCUUUAUCACCUCAAGUUGAAAUACCUGUUCCAAUCCAUUUACUUGGGGAUUUUAAAUCAAUGAAGACUUCUUACACAAGGAUGUUUUAUAAUGUUUGCAAGAUUUUAAAAAGAAAACUGAAUGUGGAUGACAUCAAGGAAUUCCUGUCUUAUUAUAGUGUUACCUUUCGUAGAAAAGUAGAGCAGUGUUCAGAUAUUUCUAGUAUCCUUCAUUAUGUUAAAGACGAGUGUUCACUAACCGAUGUUACUCUCCUUCAUAGUGUAGUGGAGGAAAUGGAGAUCAUUGAAGCAAAGGAACACAUUGAAACUUAUAGAGCAGAGUUGAAGGAAUUUUACAAAUCAAUCUCAGUUAGUCUUUGUCUGGAAAAAAGAUUUGGCUCCAUUCCUCAUCUGAAGUAUGAAACCGUUACCUUUAUCUUUGACUGGAAGCCUGAGGAACAUUUGUUGCAGGAUAUCAAGGGUGUUUUAUCUAAAAACUUGACAUUAUGGAGGAGACAAGAUGUCAGACAAAAGGAACUAAAAGAAAAGGAUCAAGACUUACUACAACACACAGAGGUUAUUUCUUAUAUUAUACUUCAAGAAACUGAAUAUAAACUAAGAGAUGCUAUCAGUAGCAAAGAGAAGGAAGCAAUUGAAUUGAAAAAAGAACUAUCAAAGAUGAAAGUAUUGACAGAACUUGAGGCAGAAUCAUUGUUCAUUCAAAGUGAUACUGAUUCAGUUAAAGAAGUUGAGGAAGAACCACUUUAUGAAGAGUUGACUGUGUUGAGGUCUCAGUUUAAUGAGAUAAAAGAUUUGCCAAACAAAUUAUCAAAAAUGAAGAUUGAGUAUUUGAAAUCACUUACUAGUAAUACUGAUUCAGCUGCUAGCAGAGUAAUAAGAGGAAUGACUUUUGAAAUUGAUGACUGCAAAUUUCAUCUUCAAGCAAUGACAAGACCAGACUAUCAGCCAUCUGUAGAUAAUAAAAGAAUAAUAGAGAAAUUACAAGAAAGAAUAACAUUAAUGAAUAUGGAACUAGUUACUGAGAGAGAACACAAUGAGAAGAUUAUAAAAGAUAUUAAAGAUCAUUUGGAAGAGAUUGAGGAGAAGAGACAGAGAGAAAUGAAACAAUAUAAAUUAUAUUGUAAUCAUCCUGUUACUGGUGAAUUAAUAGAGUCAACACUUGAAGUACAUAAAGAUGAAUUACUACCCAGUGUACUGGAUAAAGCUUAUGAGUUAAUGAAAUUAGCUCCUCAUAUUCCUAUUGAGAGAUGUCGUUUAGUUGAAUAUGAUGAUUAUAGUCAUGCCAUGAAUCGGUCCUUUGAUCUUGAUGAAUUUCAGCAUCAAACUAUUGGACAGCUAAUGGAUGUGGCUGAAUAUUAUUAUGAUUUAUUUUUGGAAACUCGUAAAGAAAAUGAAACCUUUAAGAAAUACAAUGAUGGAGGUAUUAAUCUAGAGAUAUCAGUGGUUGAUCUGGCAGCUGGUAAAGUACAUGUAGGACCAACUAAACCAAUGAGAGGAGAAAGCGGUUGGACUGUUAGAGUAUUAAAACAACAUAUAGGAGAAGUAUUUAAUAUCAGCCCGUCAUGCAUGAGGAUAGCAUGGAAUGAGAACUGGAGUGAUUUUUGUGAACUUAAGGAUGAAGAAAGUUUGUUACUCUAUAAAUCUCGAGAAAGUAAAUUGCUAUAUGUUUCAUCAGAUCCUGAAGAUUAUCAAAAAGAAUUCAAAGAUAGUUUGAUGUACAGAUAUGUUGAGUUUCAUGUCAACUCAAUGAUACUACUGAACAUUACAAUACCUCCUGGACCUGAAGCCAUGCCCACAAUAACUGAAAGAAGAAUGAUGAAAAUUAUAUCAAUGAUUGAAGAAAAUAAAGGAAAAGAAAGAAGGAUACAGGUACGAGUUAAUAAGAGUAUAACAUUAAUUCAAUUGAAGGAGGAGCUAGUUCCACUGAUUGGUGUACCACCUACUGGUUUUAGAAUGUAUGAAAUUAUUGGUAAUAGAGAAUAUGAACUGGAGGCACUGAAUCAGACAUUAAAAGAUAUUGGAUCUGGAUCAGAGUUGAUAGUAAGACUGGGUAGAGCAUUAGGAAUUUUAAUGAGAUUACGUGACAAGAGUGAAGUGUACCCUGGUACAGUAUAUCUUGAUGAUAAGAGGAUUGAUACUAGCAGUAAGGAAAUGUAUGUGGAACCAUUGAAAGGACCAGAGAAGAAGAAGCAUGAUAGACAGAGACAGCUGUCAGAGUUAAGUGGAGUUCCUGCUGGGUAUAUCUCUUAUACAGAGGGAAUAUCAUUUCCAGUUGAGAUAUCAUGUCUUGAUAUUGAGAAUAAGUUGAAAUGGUAUUCCAUCACUUCAGGCAGAUACUCAUUAUUAGGACUACAUGAUGAUGGACGUGUCAUAUAUUACAAGUUGAAGAAGAUUAGGGAAUGCGAAUUACAGCAUUGA